UUGCCGGCGGAAAAAUUUGUAAACAAAAAUAAAAUUUUCAACUUCCGAGAAUUGACAAAAGUUUAUUACUAAAGUGGUCGGUUUGUAUAUUUUUUACAUUUGUUUUAAUCUAAUAUUCCAUUCUAACGUGUUUAUGAAUUAUGUCUACAAGAAAUUCAUUGAAUAUCGGAGAUAAAUUUCCAAAUUUUCAAGCUGAGACCAGUGAUGGUCAAAUAGAUUUCUACGAAUGGAUGGAAAAUUCAUGGGCUAUAUUGUUUUCACAUCCAGCUGAUUACACUCCAGUUUGUACAACUGAACUUUCUCGUGUUGCAAAUUUAGUACCAGAAUUUAAAAAACGAAAUAUUAAACCAAUCGCUUUAUCGUGUGACUCUGUUGAAUCCCACCGUGGGUGGAUAGAAGAUAUUAAAUCAUAUGGAAGUUUGUCAAGUUUCAAUUAUCCAAUAAUAGCGGACGAUAAACGUGAAUUAGCUGUAAAGUUUAAUAUGUUGGAUAAAGAUGAAAUAGGGAAAGAUGGCAUCCCAUUGACCUGUCGAGCUGUCUUUGUAAUUGAUAAUCACAAGAAAUUAAGACUGCAAAUACUAUAUCCAGCUACAACUGGAAGAAAUUUUGAAGAAAUAUUACGAGUAAUAGAUUCGAUGCAACUUACUGAUAACAAGAAAGUAGCAACCCCUGCAGACUGGAAGAAUGGGGAAGACUGCAUGGUUUUACCAACUAUUAGAGAAUCUGAUAUUCCCAAUUUGUUUCCAAGAGGAAUUACAACUGUAGAAGUGCCAUCUGGCAAAAGAUAUAUUCGGAGAACUCCACAACCAGAAUAAAUAUUAUUUUGAGUAAAUUUAAUCUUUGUUAUGAACACUUUGAUAAAUAAAAUUUUUUAUAAUUUCA